AGCGAUGCCCUACUGCAGUGUGUGUGUGUAUAGCAGCGAAAGAGGCGCUGAAACGAGAGGAGGAGUUGCGGCAAGGUCGUUACAGCAUCACGCGCAAACUAGCUAGCUAUCUAUCAUCACCACGAGCCAAGCUUAUAACGGACCUCAUCCCGCAUCUCAGUACAGACACAACAGUCUCUUCAAGACUCGAGCUUCACUAAUCACGACCUGAAAGCCGAUGCCUCGCGCCAAGACUCGUGUGGUCGGUAAUCUUCAUUUGCAUGCGCGUGUGUGAAGUCGCAGACGCCCUAAGUGAGCGGAAACUAGACGAGUCUUUUCCGUUCAGUCGUUAGGUUAGUAGCGUGCGGGAGUGUGUAUCGCUGACGCUGCGUCCUCGGUGAGAAGAGCGUGGCAUCACCGCAUUUCGCCGGGCCCACAGUAUAGUCUGAGCAGCCAGCUCACGCGUUCCCGGUUGGCCAUGUCUGCGCUUUCCAGAUCAUCUCCAGUGCCGGAAGCAGGAGACGGACUUCUCCGUCCAGCCCCACAGCAGGAGACGGACUUCUUGGGCUUGAACGGCGGCAAAGGACCAUCCGGUCCGACUCCGAGUCAGAGUCGCUUUCAGGUCGAUCUGGUGGCCGAGGCGGGGGGCAGCGAUCAGACCAGCGUGUCCUCCCCGCCCGCGGAGGAUGAGAACACGGGCAAGCUGCGCGCUGAUGAGGAGGCGAAGGGCCGCUUCCGCGUGGUGAACUUCGCAGACGCCAGCGGGGCCCCGAGUCCAGACGAGGCGCCCGGUGACGGCCUGCAGAACGGCGACACGGCGCUGAGCGAGGGCAGCGUGCACUCCUCCACCGGCGGCCAACAGCACUACCACUACGACACGCACACCAACACCUACUACCUGCGCACAUUCGGCCACAACACCAUCGACGCCGUGCCCAAGAUCGACUUCUACCGACACACUGCAGCACCACUGGGCGAGAAGCUGAUCAGACCCACCCUGUCUGAACUGCACGAUGAGCUGGACAAGGAGCCAUUUGAGGACGGAUUUGCCAACGGAGAUGAGCUGACUCCUGCUGAAGAGGCUGCAGCCAAAGAGGCAGCCGAACCCAAAGGGGUUGUGAAGUUUGGAUGGGUCAAAGGCGUGCUGGUCCGCUGCAUGUUGAACAUUUGGGGUGUGAUGCUCUUCAUCCGCAUGACAUGGAUCGUGGGCCAGGCUGGAAUUGUGUGCUCCUGUGUCAUCAUCGCCAUGGCGACCGUCGUUACCUCCAUCACGGGCUGCUCCACCUCAGCUAUAGCGACCAACGGUUUUGUGCGAGGAGGAGGGGCAUAUUAUUUGAUAUCUCGAAGUUUAGGCCCUGAGUUUGGUGGCUCUAUUGGCCUCAUUUUCGCUUUUGCCAACGCCGUGGCAGUGGCUAUGUACGUCGUGGGCUUUGCUGAGACUGUCGUUGAGCUUCUUCAUGCUGCUAAUCUCAUCAUGCUCGAUCAGAUUAACGACAUCCGAAUUGUAGGAAUCAUCACUGUAAUCAUCCUCCUCGGGAUCUCCGUGGCAGGCAUGGAGUGGGAGGCCAAGGCUCAGAUCUUCCUGCUGGUCAUCUUAAUCAUCGCCAUCUUCAACUACUUUAUUGGCACGUUCAUCCCUGUUGAAUCAAAGAAGGAGCAAGGAUUCUUCAGCUAUAAUUCGGACAUCCUGCUGGAAAAUUUAUUACCGGAUUUCCGAGGAGAAACCUUCUUCUCCGUCUUCGCCAUCUUCUUCCCCGCAGCUACUGGCAUUCUGGCCGGUGCCAACAUCUCAGGAGAUCUUGCGGAUCCACAAAUGGCAAUCCCAAGGGGAACUCUUUUAGCCAUUGUUAUCACAGGCAUCGUCUACGUAGGUGUUGCUGUCAGUGCAGGAGCCUGUAUCGUGAGGGACGCCACAGGUUACAAGAUCAACGGUACUUCAUGGCAAAACUGCACUAGUGCCGAGUGCAAUUUAGAAUAUGACUUCUCCUCGUGCAAGCCUGUUAACACAACUCAGUCCAUUUGUAAGUAUGGACUCCACAAUAACUUUCAGAUAAUGAGUGUGGUGUCAGGUUUCAGCCCCCUCAUCACAGCUGGGAUUUUCUCUGCAACCCUCUCCUCUGCCUUGGCCUCUCUGGUCAGUGCCCCCAAAGUGUUCCAGGCUUUAUGCAAAGACAACAUUUACCCUGGUAUUGCUGGUUUUGGGAAAGGUUAUGGCAAGAACAACGAACCCCUGCGUGGCUACUUCCUCACGUUUGGCAUCGCCCUGGCCUUCAUCCUUAUUGCUGAGCUGAACGUCAUCGCACCGAUCAUUUCGAACUUCUUCCUGGCCUCCUAUGCCCUGAUCAAUUUCUCAGUGUUCCACGCCUCUUUGGCGAACUCUCCCGGAUGGAGGCCCAGCUUUAAGUACUACAACAUGUGGGUGUCUCUGGCUGGAGCUGUGCUGUGCUGUGUAGUCAUGUUCGUCAUCAACUGGUGGGCUGCGCUCAUGACCAACGUCAUCGUCUUAUCCCUCUACAUCUAUGUCAACUACAAGAAGCCAGAUGUGAACUGGGGCUCUUCCACGCAGGCGCUGACCUACCACCAGGCGCUCACGCACAGCCUGCAGCUCUGUGGCGUCGCCGACCAUGUGAAAACCUUCAGGCCGCAGUGUUUGGUGAUGACCGGCGCCCCCAACUCUCGGCCUGCUCUACUCCAUCUGGUCCAUGCCUUCACCAAGAACGUUGGCCUGAUGGUGUGUGGCCACGUGCGAACUAGCUCUCGGAGGCCCAACUUUAAGGAGUUGAACAGUGACACGCUGCGCUACCAGCGCUGGCUUCUCAACAACUCCAAAGCUUUUUACACCCCGGUCAUCGCAGAGGACCUCCGCGUGGGCACCCAGUACCUUCUGCAGGCUGCUGGACUCGGGAGACUGAGACCCAACACACUGGUGCUCGGCUUCAAGAACGAUUGGAACUGUGCAGAUAUGAAAGAAACCGAGACCUACGUCAAUAUGAUACAUGACGCUUUUGACUUCCAGUACGGUGUGGUCAUUCUCCGACUGAGAGAAGGACUUGAUAUUUCCCAUAUUCAAGGCCAAGACGAUACCUCCGGCAUGAAGGAUGUAGUGGUGUCUAUCGACAUGAGCAAAGACUCCGAUGGCGACUCGUCCAAGCUCUCGUCCAAGACAACAAGCGUUCAGAACAGUCCAGCUGUCCAGAAAGAAGAUGAUGAGGAUGGCAAAGCUCCUACACAGCCCCUGUUGAAAAAAGGCAGGCAGUGCAUCUUAGAUAAAGCGAGUCCCUCUACGCCCCUGAAUGUGGCUGAUCAGAAGCUGCUGGAGGCCAGUCAGCAAUUUCAGAAGAAGCAGGGAAAAGGAACGGUGGACGUCUGGUGGCUGUUCGACGAUGGCGGUCUCACACUGCUCAUUCCAUACUUGCUUACCAACAAGAAAAAAUGGAAGGAUUGUAAGAUCCGUGUGUUUAUCGGGGGCAAGAUCAACAGGAUCGACCAUGACCGCAGAUCGAUGGCCACGCUGCUCAGCAAGUUCAGGAUAGAUUUCUCUGAUAUCACAGUCCUCGGAGACAUCAAUACAAAACCCAAGACUGAGAGAGUGGAAGACUUUUCCCAGAUGAUUGAGCCGUAUAAGCUGAGAGAGGACGACAUGGAGCAGGAGGCAGCGGAGAAGCUGAAGGCCGAUGAGCCGUGGAGAAUCACGGAUAAUGAGCUGGAGCUUUACAAGGCCAAGAGUAAUCGUCAGAUCAGACUGAACGAGCUAUUGAAGGAGCACUCAAGCACAGCCAACCUUAUUGUCAUGAGUAUGCCCUUGGCCAGAAAAGGGGCGGUAUCCAGUGCCCUGUACAUGUCUUGGUUGGACACUCUGUCCAAGGACCUCCCUCCGAUCCUCUUGGUUCGUGGCAACCAUCAGAGCGUCCUCACGUUCUACUCUUAAACGAUUUGAUUAUCACUGAUCCCGUAAAGCACACCUUGACGAUUUUGCCGACACUUAACACAAAUGUGCACACACCAACACAAUGAAAGUAGAUUACCUGGGACUGUCAGGUAACGAAUGUGAUGGACGAUGCAGAGACUGCGAGCAUCUUCUUUGGCAAGCUCUUCGUUUUUGUUGCUCAGUGAUGUCUGCCACUGAGAAAUCACAUGGAGACUGAAAACGAGACUUUUGGAAAUGCUUCAUCCAGGCAUCGGAAAACAAGAUGAGAACCUGUUCAAUUAUUUAAGGUCAAUGUUUCUUUGGCUCAUAGCUAUCUGAGCAUGAAGUACAUAUUGUUCUGAUCACCAUUAGCAUCAUUAGAAUCAUCAAAAUAAAUUGUGGAUAUAUAUAGAAUUUUUUUUUUUUCUUUUGCUUUUUGAAGCAGCAAUAAUCACCCUGGGUUCCCUUUUCCUUACUUGGGAGAAAACCAUGCAGAAUGCUUUGCAACACCUUUUAUAGCCUUAUAGAUGUGCCUUCCAGUUCAAUCAAAUUAGAUUAUUAAACUUUGCCCUGAUGUAUGCGCAAGUAAAUGUAGAUUUAUUAGAGUACCUUUCAAAUUGGGUAUUUAAAAAUGAUUACAUUUCAGUGAUUUUUUUAUUUUUUAAUGCUAGUGGACUGGCAUUUGGCAUUGGUUUCCACUCCUUAGCAUAAAAAAAAGGUUCUUGUUUUUUUUUUUUUCUGACCAGUUUUAUUUAUUCCCCCAGUUGCCUUUUAUCCUUUGUUUCUUCUUUCAUAUUUCAGGUCUUCCUUUAAACUGUGAACGGGUUUUAGUGUUCCUAGUGUAGUACCCUCCACUAAUCCUGGAUGUGAAUUCAAAUGUACGGUUGAAGGGCACUCUAAACAGAACACUGUAGAACUUGAUCCCUCAAGGGCAGACGAACAGCCUAUGGCUUUAAGAUGACAGGUUCUUGUCUGAAAAGAAGUUGUCCCAAACAGCGGGACAUCAAAGCUGCUAUAAAGUGAUGGACACACAAAGAACAAUCAACCAAAUAUGAUGUAACCUCUUGAACAUGCAUUUACCUAAUUCCACAAAAUCUGCAGGUUCUGCUAUAGAGGAUGACUUUGCCUUAAAAGCAGAAGUAAUGAUUGUUAACUUCUAUCUUAUAAGCCAUACUGGCUGGUUGGUUGAUUGGAUGAUUAGCAGGAAAAUGCAGAUGUAGACAGAUCAAUAGAUGCAUGAAAACAGAAUGUGUAAUGUGUCAGUUGUCUUUUUUUUUUUUUUUUUUUUUAAAUAUACAAAUUCCUUAAUCUGUGUCGAUUUUGUCUUCUCCCAUAGAGUGGGCCAUGUUUUUCAUACAGUCCAGAGUUGUAGCUACAGAGUAAGCCUUUUCAGUCAACCACAUCAAUAUCCUUGUCAUUACCUGGACCUAAACCAACUCUCCUGUUAAUGUUACAGUGUACACAGUCGGAAUCGACUGUUUCAGCAUCCUAUUGUUUUUAGUUAUGUUAGCAUACAAUUAUGGGCUUCCCUGUCUUGUAUAGUUUAUAGUGUAGUUCUCAAGGGCCUGUUCGAAGCCAUUCUACAGGUUUCGGAAUGUAUUGAAAAGUAGACCGAGGGAAUGAGGAAUGUUGUCCACGUGUCCGUGGUGGUGUUGUACGGGAUGCAGAAGUUCCUCUAUGCAGGUGAACCGAGACGAGUGCUACUCAUUUCCGUCAUUUCUCAUGACCUUGAUUUAGUAAUAAAAAAGUGACUCAUCCAAACUCAGGAUUGGAUUUCCCACCACCUGUAGUGCUUUUACCAUUUAUUGUUCGUUGUCAAUUACCGUUUACGUCAUUCUUUGUCAACGGGACCAGACGAGACUGACAUGGAAGAUACUGAUGCGAAUUCUUUGACCAGAGGUCUAGCCAGUGAGGCAUUGAAAAAAAUGAAAGAAAUUGACUUGGGGAGGGGAGGGGGGAUAUUUGGGGGGUGGGAUGAAAUUCUACAACUAAUGGUUAGUUACACAAAUAUCUCUGCCUCCUUUCUGCACUUACUGUAGUCUUUAUAAAAAUGUGAUGUGUUGCUUUAAAUGUCAUUUGAAUGUAAACACUAAUGCUGAAAAACGAGCAGUUCUGUCCUCUGUCCGCACAUUUUGGCAAAGUAUUUUUCAAGCUUUUCGCUACAGACAUGCUUAAUAGUGUGAUGUGCUUUGUUGGGCACUUUGUACUAUAAAUACCGACAAGACUGCAUCUCGACAGUGUGUGUUCAUCACCCAUCGCCAUGUGAGAAAUCUGCCAUGCACAAUUGAAUGAAUAUACUCAUAUUUAUAACUAUAUAUAAAUAUAUAUAUAUAUAUAUUAUGUAUAUAUAUAUAUUAUACUCUAGUGUGUAAACAGAAUGUGUAUUUAGUGCGUGUGACACGUGUACAAUGUACCAAUCACCUACUGUGUGUUUGUACAUAAGUGUGCUAAAUGUAUAGCUACACGUAGCUGUGACAGUAGAGGCUACUGUACCAUGGGAUAACUGGGCACUUCAUAUAUGCCUUUCACAGCUGUUGUGUGCUAGACCUUCCAGAUCAACUCUGUGUGUGUGUGUGUGUGUGUGUGUGUGUUUUUCAAGUUGCUGCAUUUCUACCAACCUACUGGUCCAUGUGUAGCCAAAGCCCAGUUGCUCUAAGUCCAACAGAGCUGGGAGCCAUGAUAAAUGACGAAAAACAGAAGUCAGCAUUGUAGCUCCCAAUUCUAGUUCACACUGUAUUUCUUUACUAACUUGUAAAUACAUUCUAGCCUAACCAGAUAAAUUAAGGGAGUGGAGUAAUAAUGGCAAAAAUGCAAUCUGGAGAAAUGAAUAUUUAUUUUAGUUUAGAUUUCUCCUUUUUGUUUUAAAUGAAUUGCAUGUUGAUUUUUUUUUUGUUUCUUUUUUUUUUUGUUUCUUUUUGAUUACUUUUCAAACUUUUGUUCUUCCUUGUUUUUGUGUCUAUAUUUCUAUCUUUUAUAUGCCUUUUAAAGAAGAGCUUUGGCAAGUGGUUGAGUUUUUGCUCAAGCGAAAAGGGUGGAUCGAUUUGGAUCUUAGUUGGAAGAGUAAUGUUUUGAUAUAUUGUACUGUUAAUUGUCACAAAUGAUUUUUCUAACAUUUUAACAUUUAAGGUUACCAAUACUUUGUACAUCUUUAUUGCAAUAAAUAAAUAAAAAAAAUCGAAUGUAAA